CAAGGGCGUCGCGUUUGACGUGCGCGGCCCCGGUGAGUCACCUUGCUGUAGUGAGUUGCUGCGGUGUCUGCCGCGUCGCAUCGGAACGAAGCGGUGAAGUGAAGGUGUCCUACAGAAUACGCGACAAAUCCCGCAGCCAUGGCAGCCGCAGCUGGCACGAGUAGACCCAAGACAUCGCCCAAAUCUAUUAAAUUCCUCUUCGGCGGCUUGGCCGGGAUGGGGGCGACUGUGUUUGUGCAGCCGUUAGAUCUCGUAAAGAAUCGGAUGCAGCUCAGCGGUCAGGGAUCCAAGGCUCGCGAGUACAAGACAAGUUUUCAUGCCGUGGGCAGCAUCCUUCGCAACGAGGGUGUACGUGGCAUCUACACCGGACUUUCAGCGGGUUUGUUGAGACAGGCCACCUACACCACCACUCGCUUGGGCAUCUACACAGUCCUGUUUGAGCGCAUGUCUAAAGCAGAUGGGACACCUCCUAACUUCUUUAUGAAGGCUCUGAUUGGCAUGACCGCCGGUGCGACGGGGGCGUUUGUUGGGACUCCGGCUGAGGUGGCUCUUAUUCGGAUGACAGCCGAUGGACGAUUGCCUCCAGAUCAAAGGAGGGGUUACACGAAUGUCUUCAAUGCCCUCAUCAGGAUCACCAGGGAAGAAGGAGUCACCACACUUUGGAGGGGUUGCAUACCCACCAUGGCCAGAGCCGUUGUAGUGAACGCAGCACAACUUGCUUCAUACUCCCAGUCCAAACAAGGUCUCCUGGACACUGGUUAUUUCAGAGAUGAUAUCUUGUGUCAUUUCUGUGCCAGUAUGAUCAGUGGACUGGUCACCACAGCUGCAUCCAUGCCAGUUGACAUUGUAAAGACCAGAAUUCAGAACAUGAGAAUGAUUGACGGCAAACCUGAGUACAAGAAUGGAUUGGAUGUGUUGGUGAAAGUCAUCAGGAAUGAAGGAUUCUUCAGUCUGUGGAAGGGUUUCACUCCAUAUUACGCUCGCCUGGGGCCACACACAGUCCUGACCUUCAUCUUCCUGGAGCAGAUGAACAAGUUCUACAAGAUCUAUUUCCUCGAUUCAUAGGAGCCACCCGUGGAUGGCACAAGAAGGAUCCAUUUCUACAGAGCCAGCGUGUAUGCUCGUCUGCAAACGUCAUUUCUCCUUGUGCUGUUUUACUUCACAUCUUUAGUAGAGUUUGUGGUAAUACACACUGGCUCAGGUGCACUGUCGUGGUGGCAACUGUGAUGGACUCCUGUAUUACAGACUGUAACUGACCGACCUAAACCAUAAACUGGCCCUUCUGUCUUCAUGGUGUGAGGGAGGAUCAUUCACACCAGUUGUAAACCUCAUUUUGUUUUUAAAGAAUUAUUUAUAUAAUUCCACUUCCCAACCUUUUCCUUAAAAGCUUUAAAGUUUUUCAGCUGAACCAAGAUUAAUGAUUGAAUCAUGAAACAUGUCUUUAAUUCUUUUUUGAUUUGAACUGUUACAACCACUUGUUUUAUACAUUGCCAGAUGAAUGUAUGGUCAGAUAUGGAUGGAGGUCCAAAAGAUUUCCCAUUACAAACUGUAGACUCUUAUUUAGCUCUGUAGACCCUUAAAUCGGCAAAUCCAAUAUACUGUAUGUUCUCCCAUAGAGGACAGAGGCUUUCCAGUAAAUAAUUGUUAAUGUUUUCCAGUGUUGAGCACAAUGAACAGGUCAAUGCGGUAUAUUAAAGAAAAUUAAGAGUGUAAAGGCCAAGGCUCUUCCUAAUGUUGUAUUAAAGAUUGAGAUUAAGAACUUUA